GGUGCUUCGUCUUGCACACCGGACCUCAGAUACAGACUGCCAAGAUGGCUUCUCCUUCAUUGAAAGAGAAGCUGGACAAAAUCCGGUCUCCAAAUCUGCAGAGCCAAAAGCAGACCGCCAGUAUUCUCGAGGGUGUCGAGUCUGCCCUCAAGGAACGCAACACCGAGCCCACCCCUACCGCCUAUUUUGCCGCACUCCUCAGCCUCCUCGACAACAAGACACUCGCACACCCCGUCGUCUAUCUCCUCGAUGUCAUCACACCUUUCGCACCCGAACCCCUCCUACGUGCCAAGUUCACCCAGAUCCUCACCCUACUUGCGCCAGUAUUGUCCCAGCCCGACGCCGAUGCGCCCCUGAUUAGAUCGUCAAUUGGUUGCCUGGAGGGCUUGUUGCUGGCCCAGGAUGCGGCAGCAUGGGAGAUGAGCGCUGCCGUGAUCGGCCCCCGCCGUGCGGUAGGCGGCCUGUUGAGUUUUUCCCUCGACCCCCGCCCGAAGGUGCGCAAGAGGGCGCAGGAAGCCCUGAGGAAUAUCCUCAAGAGCCCCCCGCCGAGCCCCUCCCUCGACCACCCCGCCGCCGCCAUGUGCGCCGAGACCGCCAUCAUGAGCCUGAACGCAGUGGCAGAGAAGGCCGCCCAGCUGAGGAAGGAGAAGAAGGGCUCCGAGGCCGUGCACGACCCGGAGCUGAUCCACGCGCUGCAGCUGGUCAAGACCGUUGCGUCGGCCAGCGGCGGAUGGCCGAGCAAGAAGAUUGAGUCGCUUUGCGAGCUUCUCCUUGGCAUUGCCCGGUCCGGAAACGAGCACAUGAGCAUGUCGGUGUUCGAUAUUUUCGAGAUGAUUUUUGAGGGCAUGGCAGACGACGUUGCUUCGGCCAAGCUGCCGAGGCUACUCGAGAUCAUCAAGGAGCUGCGCCCGGCUCCCAACGAUACCCAACUACUUCCCCCUUGGAUCGCGAUCGUAUCCAGAGCCUACGAUGUUUCGGCACAGAUUUCGCCUGAGGAGACGUUCCAGGAACUUCUAGAGCCGUUUAACAUGGCGGCGGGGUAUCUCGAGUCCGAGGUCAAGAACAUCCGGAUCUCGGCCUCGGAGUGCUUGGUGUCGUUUAUGGCGAACUGUGUCCCGAGACAGGUGUUGGUGGACCCAUCAAUAUACGACGAGAAGGUCAUUCAACAACUGGUGAACACGGUGGAGGGCCUUCUCACUGUGAAGUACCAAGCAGCGUGGCUCGAGACUUUCAACGUCAUCGGUGCCAUGUUUGACGCCCUGCGCUGGAGAGCGGCACCCUAUCUCCUUGCCAUAACGAAGAGCAUCGGCGAGAUGCGCGGCAACGAUUCGUUUGCCGGAAAACAGGAGGCCGACGAAGUGCUUGGGAAGGCAAUUCGAGCCAUGGGCCCGGAGGCGGUUUUGGGAGUGUUGCCCCUAAACUUGACCAAGCCGGCGAGAGGCCAGCCGGGGAGGGCGUGGAUGCUGCCACUCUUGCGCGACUACACGUCAAAUACCAACCUCGCCUACUUCAAGACCGAAUUUGUACCGUUGAGCGCGGCCAUGUUCCAACGUGUGCUAGACCACGGUGACGCUGCGAAGACGAUGGAGAUAAAGAUCUUCGAGACAGUUGUGCAACAAAUUUGGUCCAUUCUCCCGGGAUUCUGCGAUUUGCCGCUGGACCUCGUGGAGGCGUUCGACAAGGAGUUUGCCGAGAUGUUGACAAGUCUGCUCUAUGAACAAGUCGAGCUGCGUCUGGAUGUCUGCCGUGCCCUCAAGGCGCUCGUGGAGUCUAACCAGGCUGUUGUUGCCUUGGAGACGGAGGAAGAAGACCCUGUCCUGCACAGCAGGGUCACCAAGGAGGCGGCGCAGAAGAACCUUGAGUACCUCGGGACUGCAUUCUCUGCCGACUUCCUUGCGGUUCUCUUCAACGUUUACAGCACGACCCUGCCCCAGAAGCGGGGCCCGGUUCUGCAAACCAUCAAUGCCUACCUCAGCGUCAUCCCGCCGGCGCGGCUCAUGGAGACGUUCGACCUCGUGUGCGAGAAGCUGGCUGCGGCUCUCCAAGAACCUGUCGAGAAGCCCAAGAACCAGCAGGGCGGCGAACAGGUGCCUUCUACCGCCCACACGCUGAUGGACCUUGUCGUCACCAUGUCCAUCUAUCUACCAAGGGAGAGCUUUGAGGCUCUAUUCAGGAUCGCGUCACUCGUGGUCUUCAAGGACGACGACCCGCAACUUCAGAAGAAAGCCUACAAGAUGAUUCCGCGGCUAGCAGAUUCGGAGAUUGGCAAGGCUGCUCUUGAGCAAAGGCACCCCGAGCUCCAGAGCCUCAUCCUGUCGAGUGCCGAGAAGGUGUCUGCGCCCGCCAGGCGAGAGCGUCUUGCCGCGAUUACGGCGCUGAUCCCCUUCAUCCCUCACACGUCACUCCACUUCAUUCCCGCUGUCCUCUCCGAAGUCGUCAUCAGCUGCAAGGAGAACAAUGAGAAGGCUCGGACAACGGCCUUCGACCUUCUUGUUCUAAUGGGCCAAACCAUGGUUGCCGCGGACGGAGCACUAAUCGACAACAGCAAGGUACCGAACAUGCCUAAGGAUGCGCCGACGGCCAAAGCCUCGGUCGAGGAGUACUUCACCAUGGUCAGUGCCGGUCUCGCAGGCAGCACGCCCCACAUGAUCUCAGCAUCCAUCACCGCCAUCACCCGCGUCCUCUACGAGUUCCGGGAGCUGCUGAGCAAAGAGACCAUGUCAGACUUGGUGCAGACAAUGGACCUCUUCCUCACCUCCAACAAUCGCGAGAUCGUCAAGAGCGUACUGGGCUUCGUCAAGGUGUGCGUCAUCAGCCUGCCGGCCGAGCUCAUGCUCCCGCGCCUCCCGACCCUGAUUCCCAACGUCAUGGUCUGGAGCCACGAGCACAAGGGCCACUUCCGCUCCAAAGUUAAGCACAUCCUCGAGCGCAUGGUCCGCCGCUUCGGUGUGGACACGGUCAACAAGCACUGCCCGGAGGCCGACCGCAAACUCAUCACCAACAUCCGCAAGACCAAGGAGCGCAGCAAGCGCAAGAAGGAAGCGGCCAAGGAGGGUGGCGGCGGCGGCGACGACUCGGACGGCGAGGGCAGGCGCAAGAGCCGGUUCGAGAACGAGUACGACCAAGCCCUAUACAGCAGUGAGGACGAGGACGGCGGCGGCAACGAGUCGGACCAGUCGGACGACUCGGACGCCGAGAUGACGGGCCGCCACCGGCAGAACCGUGGCCGCGGCGGCGCCGCCCACAAGGGCGCCAACGCCUACAUCCUCGAGGACGAGGCCGAGCCGCUCGACCUGCUCGACCGCAACGCCCUCGCCAACAUCUCCACCACCAAGCCCGGCCGCCUGCGCAAAGACGGCACGGGGAAGCGCAUGAAGGCCAAGACCGACGUCGACGGGAAGCUGAUCCUCGGUGGGGACGAGGACGCCGGUGGUGCGAUGGAUAUCGACGCGCCUGCUGGUGCGGCCGGUGGUGUUGCUGGUGAGGAGGAGAGCGGGGUCGGUGCCUACGUGGCUGCGCUACGGGGCAAGGAUGCGCCGCGUCGCGGGCAGCGCGGGAAGCUCAAGUGGAGCCGCGGGCGGAAGGGUGGGGAUGAUGAUGAUGAGAGCGAUGAUGGUGGUGGGAUGGAUGUCGAUGAGGGUGCUGCGGCGAAGGCGUUCAGGGAUAACAAGCGUGGGGGUGACCGUAGGGGAGGUAGCGGUGGAGGAAGGGGGAGAGGCGGCGGCGGACGCGGUGGAAAGGGGGGGAUUGCGGCUGCUUCCGGGCGGAGGGGCUUGGGGCAGGAACGGCAGAGGGGGUCUGCUACGCAUGGGAGUCGGGUUAAUAAGGGCGGUAACAGGCGG